AUGAGUAACAGAACAUUUCAAGUUCGUGUUAAUGGCAUCAAUUUAAAGACUAAGCGCUUACAAAAUGGAUAUCCACAAGGUUCCACUCUAAGCCCUACACUUUUCUUAUUAGCUAUUAAUAAUAUUGCACAAGAGUUACCAUUAAAAGCAAACUUGUAUGCUGACGAUCUAAUAGUUUACACUAGAAGUAGUAAUAUCUCUCUUGCGAAAAAAAUCCUCCAGGCAGUGCUUCACAAACUGGAAAUAUGGUCCCACAAAAGUGGUUUUACCUUUUCAAGUAAAAAGACCUAUUUUAUUAUCUUACGUAAAAAUAGAACCAAUAGCAAACCUACCCUAAUUCUAAAUGAUAUUAACAUAAAACAAGAAUCGACAAAAAUAAACCUCCUUAAAAUACUUUCUAACAGAAAUUGGGGUGCUGAUACAACUGCUCUGCUAUAUUUAUAUAAAUCACUUAUCCGUAGUCAAUUACAUUACGGUGCAAUGUGCUAUUCUACUGCUAGUAAAAAAAUUUUUAAAGUCUUAAACGUUAUCCAAACUGCACUAAAUGGUCCACAUUUGUUUAUAAGAAGACAAUUUACCACACUAAGAUAUGCUGUUAAACUAUAUAGCAAUAUUAACAACCCUAACUACCUACUCCUACAUACAAAUAACAUCCCUCACAAAAGUAACACACAAUCAAGAUAUUUAACCUUUAAAGAACUUGUAAUGAAUUGUGGAUAUAAUACCAAUUUGUUGACAUACUCGCUAUCUACAUACCCAACUGAACCCCCCUGGACAAUUAAUACUCCUACUAUUAAUACAUCUCUAGUAGCUUACCCAAAGAAUACCACAAAUCUUACCCUCGUUCUUGGAAGAACAGUUCAAUCGACAGCCAUAUCAUCUGGAGGAUGCACAGAAGCACUUUCUGUGAAAAAAUCCGCAGAAAUUGCAGCUCUGUUCUCCGAUAUCAAACUCAGCCAAACCACAGACAUAGCCCAUCUUAAUCCGAAGAACUUCGACACAGCAUCAAUAGUGUCCUCAAAAAAUUCGUACAACAAAAUGUACUCCCACUCAAAACACUCAAAAUCGUCAAAAUCGUCCCAAAAUGGAAGCACGAAAUCCUAUACUCAUUACUCCCAUCUGCAAAAGAAUCAAAGUGCUCUGUAUUCGCUAAAGGGCACGACGAAUUCUUCUAGAGGUAUUAACUCUGUCAGAAAUGGCUCCACCAAAAACAAUAAGGCAAGUAUGUACAGCGCAAAAAACGGUUUGUAUACUAUUCAAAGUCAGUCUGAUGAAUCCAGGAGAUCGAGUUCCUGUGAAGAAGACAAGGAAGACGAAAUAAAAGAUCUUUACUACGAGCAGCUAAAUGAUGAAUACGAGCGCCUACCUAAACGUGAUGUAAAAAUAAUAAUGGGUGAUUGUAAUGCUAAAGUGAAAAAAAAAGAACCUCUGAACACUGCAGUAUCUGGUAACUAUAGUAAACACGAAGUAAUAAACGAUAAUGGUCAAAGACUUAUUGGAUUCGCCAUGGAGAAAAACAUGGUGGUGAGAAGCACACAACUAAAACGAAAAGAGAUAUAUAAAGGUAAGUGGGUCUCCCCUGAUGGAAGGACGGUGAAUCAAAUAGAACAUGUUAUGAUUGAAAGUAAAUAUACGAAUAUCAUUUAG